AUGGAGGAAAAUGACGUCACAGGCUACCUGACGUCACCAGCUUCAAGAUCAGGAAAUGACACGGAUGGUAACUGCCUCCAUGAAAGGCUCAUCGGUUGGAAAAGACCCGGUGCAAUCACAGCAGAAAGUGUUGAUUUUUUGAUCCGGACUCGCCAUUCUUACCGGUUUUGCGGGGCGUAA